AUGGCUCAGCGCGUGCCUGUGUCCGAUGGAAGCUCAAAGAAGACGUCGCGGGUGCGUGUGGCGGUCCGCCUGAGGCCGUACAUGGCGAAGGCCGAGGACAAGGAUGAAGGCCCCUGUGUGAGAGGCCUCGACUCACAGAAUCUGGAAAUCAUUAACUGGAGAAACGCCACCGAAACCGUCAAAUACCAUUUUGACGUUUUUCAUGGAGAGAAGACAACCCAACAGGAAGUGUUCCUCUCCUCAGUGAAACCAAUUCUCCCACAUAUACUAGUUGGACAGAAUGCCAGCGUUUUUGCAUAUGGACCAACAGGAGCAGGUAAAACCCACACAAUGCUGGGCAGCUCGGAACAGCCUGGAGUGAUCCCCAGAGCUGUUCGUGAGGUUUUUAAGUUAGUCCAGUCAAAGCGUGAGCAAGAUGAAUGGGACUUCAGUAUUGGAAUGUCCUACUUGGAGAUCUACAAUGAAAAGGUAUUGGACCUUUUAUCACCAAACAGCCAAGACCUUCCAAUACGAGAAGACAAGGACAAGAACAUCCUCAUUCCGGGCCUCACGUACACCACAGUCACGUCAUUCGCCGACUUUGAUAAACACUUUGUUCCUGCGACUCUUAAUCGCACAACCGCAUCGACCAAGUUAAACCAUCGCUCCAGUCGUAGCCAUGCCAUCCUCCUCAUUAAGGUGGUGAGAACGCAGCGUGCUCAACCUCAAAGACAACAGACCGGAAAGCUGUACUUGGUGGACCUGGCGGGCUCAGAGGACAACCGCCGCACUGGCAACCAGGGCAUCCGUCUGAAGGAGAGUGGCGCCAUCAACCUGUCUCUCUUCACUCUGAGCAAAGUGGUGGACUCCCUGAACUCUGGCACCUCGGGCCGUGUGCCGUACAGAGACAGUAAACUGACCCGCCUCCUGCAGGACUCUCUGGGCGGCUCGGCUCACUCUGUCAUGAUCACGAACAUCGCCCCGGAGUACACCUACUAUUUCGACACUUUCAGUGCUUUGAACUUUGCUGCAAAGUCCAAACUUAUUGUGAAUAAGCCGUUCACCCGAGAAACUGUGUCAACGGGCAAUGUGCAGGCGAAGCGAACCAGAGACGACCAAGAGGCAUGCAGCGCUGGUCCAGAGCCACAGAAGAAAAAGCAGAAGGAGGGGAGAAAAGCAGAGUCCUCUCACUCUUCUACACACAGUCACAGCCCUGAGGAGCCGUCGGUGAUGGACAGACUUAUUGCCUUGGAGAAACUUAUCAUGAAUUGCAAAGACAAGGACAGACUCGAUAUCCUUAAAGAUGUGGCCCAGUCUCGCAAAGAAAUCCAGGAGCUGAAGCAGAAACAACGAGAGUUUGAGAGCAAAGCGGUCUUCAGUCGACUGAACGGAGAAGGCUCUGGAAUAAGUCCACAGUCGAGCUUUAAGAACAACAUUGUACCUCUUCAAAGAAAACCUUUAGUGGACUCCAAAACCAUUAAACAGAAGGCUGUGGUGCAGCCGUUACAAGUUUCCCAGCUCCAGCCUCUGCAGCAGCUGGCGGUGGUAAAAAAGCAGUCGGUGUGUGUCAAGAAGGAGCGAAAACCCUCAGACAUGCCCGAGCCACUGGACGGAAAAGAGAACAUCCUGGAGAAGGGCUGGGAGUCCCACUUGGACGUGAGCGUCUUGGAACUCUCCCGAAAGAAAAUCCUGAACAUCCUCAACAGCGGGUCCCUCAAAGAGCUCAAAAGUCUGCAGCAGAUCGGAGACAAAAAGGGAAAGCUCAUUCUUGGCUGGAGAGAGAUCCACGGAGAUUUCACCAAGGUGGAAGACUUGGGGAAAGUUGAAGGCAUGACGGAAAAGAGGUUUGCAUCGUUUAUGAAGGCAAACAUCCUCAGCGCCAUGGGAAAAUGA